AUGGCUGAAGUCGAGCAGGUUGCAUUCACCCAGCUGCCCCGUGAGGUUAUCGAGAACGCUGCUGAGAUCAAGCUUUUCAACAAGUGGUCUUUCGACGGCCUGGAGAUCAAGGACAUCUCCUUGACCGACUACAUCCAGGUCCGCCAGCCCGUCUACCUCCCCCACACCGCCGGUCGUUACGCCGCCAAGCGUUUCCGCAAGGCUCAGUGCCCUAUUGUUGAGCGUCUGACCAACUCUUUGAUGAUGAACGGCCGCAACAACGGCAAGAAGCUCAAGGCCGUCCGCAUCGUCCAGCACGCUCUUGAGAUCAUCUACUUGCUCACUGAGCAGAACCCUCUCCAGGUUCUUGUUGAUGCUAUCAUCAACGGUGGCCCCCGUGAGGACUCCACCCGUGUAGGUUCUUCCGGUACCGUCCGUCGUCAGGCCGUCGAUGUCUCUCCUUUGCGCCGUGUCAACCAGGCUAUUGCUCUUAUCACCAUCGGUGCUCGCGAGGCUUCUUUCCGCAACGUCAAGACUAUUGCUGAGUGCCUCGCUGAGGAGAUCAUCAACGCUGCCAAGGGCUCUGCUAACUCCUACGCCAUCAAGAAGAAGGAUGAGCUCGAGCGUGUCGCUAAGUCUAACCGUUAA